CAGUUGGUGCUGUUGUGAGGAUCCGCAGUAGCACCAGGAUGUGGGUGUUAAAAGUGAAUAUUUGUAUGUUUUUAUUUUAUUAUUCGGGUCUGUAUGGCUCUUACGCGCUGCAGGAUGUAACGACUGACCUGUUUGGUACCGAAAAUUUUGGGACAGUGGCAGCUUUCGGGGAUUUAAACUCGGAUAAACAAACAGACAUCUUCAUCAUCAGAGAUCAGGCGGAAGUGGUAAUAUUCCUGGCUGAUCCAAAAACGCCUUACUUCAAGCCUAAAGUUCACAUCACUAAGGAUCUCCUCCAAAGUGCUGUGAUCACCAGUGUGGUUCCUGGUGAUUAUGAUGGCGACUCUCAGAUGGAUGCCCUCCUCACUACUGAGAGCAGUGGUAGAACGACUGUGGUCAUCUUCUGGGGAAAGAACACAACGCUGGAUCUGGGCGAUUCACUCCUACUGAACAAGACUUUUACUGACCAACCUCUCAUUAUGGACUUUAAUGGAGACAUGAUUCCAGACAUUUUUGGAGUUACCAGUACCUCUGCCACACCUGUGUAUGAAGUCUGUUAUCUCACCAAAAGAGUCCCAGAAUGGAAGAGUGCAUUGAGUUCGCCAGUCAAUCUGCACAAGCCUCACUCCAAUGCGUUUAUUGAUCUCAACAAAGAUUUUACUGCAGAUUUGUUCCUGACGACCAAGGGGCCAACAUUUGAGACGUGGAUCAGCAAGAAUGGAUACUUUACCAAAGAAGAGAUCAUGCCAUCCAAACCUCCGACAGACAACGACGUUGGCCAGUCAUCUUUUGUCGAUUUCAAUGGAGACGGCGUUCAGGACCACCUCCUGCCUGUCUGUUUGGACACAGCCUGUCAGCACAGUGCCAUCUACUUCACCACCACCGCAGAGGGCAAAACAGAGUGGGUCCAAGUGCUGUCAGAUUUCCAGCACCGCGGCACAGUUUGGAGCUUUGUGCCAGAGCAGCAUGGUCUAGCCCUGCACCUCGGGGACUACAACCUGGAUGGUUUCCCUGAUGCCCUGGUGGUCAUGCGCAACACCACUGGAAGUGGGCAGCAGGCCUUCCUUUUGGAGAAUGUGCCUUGUAACAACGCCAGCUGCCGCAGUGUGGGAAGAAUGUUCCGCAUCCACUGGGACCAAUCAGAUUUAGGGGCCAUCCAAAAUGCUGUCAUGGCAACGUUUUUUGACAUCUAUGAAGACGGCAUAUUAGACAUGCUGGUUCUGAGUGGAGGCGAGGGCAAAGACAUGAUCAUCCACGCUUUGAAGAACAAUUUUGAAGCAGACGCCUAUUUCGUUAAAGUGAUGGUUCUCAGUGGCCUCUGCUCCAACAACUGUCCUGAGGGUGUCAAGCCAUUCGGUGUUAACCAGCCUGGCCCGUAUGUCAUGUACACUACAGUGGACUCGAACGGGCACCAGAAAAACGCCUCCGCCGGUCAGUUGAGCCAAUCAGCAUACUUCUCCCUCCAGCUUCCCUACACUGUUCUGGGCCUCGGACGCAGCGCCAACUUUCUGGACCAUCUAUUUGUGGGCAUCCCGCGGCAACCUGGAGAGACGGAAAUAAGAAAGCAGGAGUGGACUGCCAUUAUUCCCAACUCUCAGCUUAUUGUCAUCCCUUUUCCACACAAUAAACCCCGCAGCUGGAGCGCCAAGUUGUACCUGACUCCUAGCAACAGUGUGCUGCUGACGGCCAUCGCUUUGAUCGGAGUUUGCGUGUUCAUUCUGGGCAUCAUUGGUAUCCUCCACUGGCAGGAGAAGAAAGCAGACGACCGGGAGAAGAGACAAGAAGCCCACCGGUUUCAUUUUGACGCCAUGUGAAGAGAUAAAGGGAAAUUUUGGACUCAUAAUUUCAACAACCCACCACUGUUCUUAUUCACAUUCUAUAUCACAUUUCAAAGGCCGAUAAAUUGAUUCUCAUUCGCCCCCAAAACGUUUCUUUUUGAAAAUUUUGUGUCCUCCAGUCAGUAGUUAAAAAUUUAUGCUCCAUGUUAUUUAUUCAUUCCAGUGUUAGAAGUACAGGGGGCUCCGGCAAGGCUUCACCAAACGCAGAGAAAUCUUCGAGGAAAUCCAUCUCAAGAUCGUCCCCAACAUUCAAAGCCCCUAAGAAAUUCAUUUUUACCAUUACAGCGUAUUGUAAUCACACGACAGACUCUGCUAAAAGGUGCACUGCGUAACUUUUCUGAUGGAGGGUUUGCUUCCUGUUGGUCUGGAUGGAGAUGUUACUGCUUUACCUGAAAUGUUCCAAAGUAUGGCAUUGAACUUUUCAUUUAAAAUACCUUAAAAAACAUGCAUUCUCACUAUUAGCGGUGUUGCUUUUCUGCACAUUUGACCUGUAACUUGGCCUGCUGGUGCCACCUGUUUGCGUGCUAUACUGUGUAACAUCCCAGGCAAAGCAAUAACAUCUCCAUGGAGACAAGCAGACGGCUGACCCUCUACCCAGAAAGUCACACAGUGUAUCUUUAACUUAUCAGGAAAUGUGUUUUGUUUACGGUCUUUUCACUGCACCUUUUCUACGUGUUACUUGAAAUCCUUUUUGUUUUCGUAAAUUUGUCCUUGUCAAAAACCCUUCCUUUUUUAUUUCCAAGUAGAAUAUAUUUUUUGACAUUGCUCACUGCCGCGCAACUUGUUCAAAGUUAACAAAAUGCAGCUGCGCAAAGUUGGUGGAAAAUGUCAGGCUACCAAUCUCACUUACAAUGAUUAAUCACCUUUCAGUCAUUCGGCUUUGAUUCUGUCUGUCGGACUGCAAUGCAUGAUGGGAGUGCCAAAUACUUUUGAGUUGCAUCUUUUAAACCUCCAAUAUGUGAAACUACUGAAACAAUCUAAAGACAUUUGGUUGAAAGAGGCUACUCCAAAAUGUAUUCUAUUUACUUUUGUAUUUAUUUUAGGUUUUUUUUUUUAUAUAUGUAAACAAAGCUACUUGUAUUGCAGUUGUUUAUUCUGCAAGAAGGAACCUGUGCUUUUCUAAGGGGGUUUGCACUUUUUAAACUAAUGAUUAACUGCGGGCGUGUGUAAUUUAUUUUGUUUAAUGAAGUUGGUUUGAAAAAGAAUGUUAAAAUUACUAAAUGUUUCCGUGUCAUCGCUGUGAAUAAAGGUUUCUCCUAAUUAGAGAAAUGUACUUUU